AAACGCAUGCGUGACGCGACCCCGGCUAUCUGAACUAGAAGAUGGCGGCUUCCGCGGUUUGCCGGGUGGCCGGCGCUGGGACGCGAGUAUUGCUGCGCACCCGCCACUCGCAGCCGGCCCUGCUGAAGUCGCCUGCCUUGCGGAGCACGGCCACCUUCGCCCAGGUCCUCCAGAGCAUGCCAGAAACGCAAAUCAGCCAGCUGGACAACGGGCUACGAGUGGCCUCGGAGCAGUCCUCACAGCCUACCUGCACGGUCGGGGUGUGGAUUGAUGUCGGCAGCCGGUACGAGAACGAGAAGAACAAUGGGGCAGGCUACUUUGUGGAGCAUCUGGCUUUCAAGGGAACAAAGAAUCGGCCUGGCAAUGCCUUGGAGAAGGAGGUGGAGAGCAUGGGGGCCCACCUUAGUGCCUACAGCACCCGGGAGCACACGGCUUACUACAUCAAGGCACUGUCCCAGGACCUGCCGAAAGCUGUGGAGCUCCUGGCGGACAUUGUGCAGAACUGCAGCCUGGAAGACUCACAGAUUGAGAAGGAGCGCGACGUGAUCCUGCGGGAGCUGCAGGAGAACGAUGCGUCUCUGCGGGACGUCGUCUUCAACUAUCUGCACGCCACCGCCUUCCAGGGCACGCCUCUAGCCCAGUCCGUGGAGGGGCCCAGUGAGAAUGUCAGGAAGCUGUCCCGAGCCGACCUGACCGAGUACCUCAGCCAGCAUUACAAGGCCCCUCGCAUGGUGCUCGCGGCAGCUGGAGGGGUGGAGCACCGGCAGCUGGUGGACCUUGCCCAGAAGCACUUCAGCGGCGUCUCUGGGACGUACUCAGAGGACGCCGUACCCACUCUCUCUCCGUGCCGCUUCACUGGCAGCCAGAUAUGCCACCGUGAUGACGCCCUGCCCUUGGCCCAUGUGGCCAUUGCAGUGGAGGGGCCUGGCUGGGCCAACCCGGACAAUGUGGCUCUCCAAGUGGCCAAUGCCAUGAUCGGCCACUAUGACUGCACUUACGGCGGCGGCACACACCUGUCCAGCCCGCUGGCGUCAGUCUCUGUGGCCAACAAGCUGUGCCAGAGCUUCCAGACCUUCAACAUCUGCUACGCAGAGACGGGCUUGCUGGGCGCACACUUCGUCUGUGACCGCAUGAACAUCGAUGACAUGAUGUUCUUCCUGCAAGGCCAGUGGAUGCGCCUCUGCACCAGUGCCACGGAGAGUGACGUGCGUCGGGGCAAGAAUCAACUCCGAAAUGCCCUGGUGUCUCAUCUGGAUGGCACCACUCCUGUGUGUGAGGACAUCGGACGGAGUCUCCUAACCUACGGCCGCCGCAUCCCCCUGGCCGAGUGGGAAAGCCUGAUUUCGGAGGUGGAUGCCAACGUAGUCCGUGAGGUCUGCUCCAAGUACUUUUAUGACCAGUGUCCAGCAGUGGCUGCAAUGGGCCCCAUUGAGCAGCUUCCCGACUACAACCGGAUCCGUAGCGGCAUGUUCUGGCUGCGCUUCUAGGCAGGAAGCCUGUGUAGGCAAGAGGGCAGGGCUGGGGUUCAUGGUCCCCCCACCACAAACAUGCCACUUCAGCUCUUCAGUCCUGUGCUGCACACUGCCACCAAUAAAGUCCUGUGUUGAGAA